AUGACGCCAGGCGAUGAGGUCUUGAUCACUGGCCCCACCGGUGCAGAGAUGCUGCUGCCCAAGGAUCCCGAGGCCAACAUCAUCAUGUUGGCCACUGGCACUGGCAUCGCGCCCAUGCGUUCUUAUUUGAGGCUGCUCUUCCACGACAAGGCUGGUGCCAGCAGUGAUGGCGACCGCAAGUUCAAGGGCCUGGCUUGGCUCUUCAUGGGUGUGCCAUAUUCCAAGUCCUUGCUCUACGAUGACGAGCAUCAGACCUACAAGAAGGCCUUCCCCGACCAGUUCCGCUACGACUACGCCGUCAGCCGCGAGCAGAAGAACGCUGCGGGACAGAAGAUGUACAUCCAGACCAAGAUGGCUGAGUAUGCUGAAGAGCUUUGGGAUUUGAUGCAGGAUGAGAAGACUCAUGUCUACAUGUGUGGCUUGAAGGGCAUGGAGAGCGGCAUGGCGGAGUGCUUCGGCCCCAUUGCCGAGAAGAACGGCCUCGUGUGGACUGAGUUCGCCAAAGCCAUGAAGAAGGCAGACCGGUACCAUGUGGAGGUCUACUGA